CUGAUCUCUUCUCUUCUUCUUCUCUCCCCGAUCUCUGUAAUAUUCCCUUAUCUCCGAUUGUUUAUUGUUCGUUGCGAUUCCCUAGCGAUUGAUCUUCUCGCCUCCUCCUCGAUUCGUUUUUAGGGUGUCGAUUUGGCUAUAGCUCGUCAGAUCUCAUCGGCGAAGCGGCUCGAUCGCGUUUGACUUGACAUCCCUUGCUGUAAUCAGCAUAGGUUCUGCUGGUUAAAGUGAUAAACGAUUGGUUCUUCUUGAUGACAACAUACAAAUUCAAAUGAUCAAAUUGCCUUGUGUAAAUGCUUUAUAGUUGUUGCAAUGAUAAGUUUUCAAGUAGCGUCUGCUUGAUGGACUGUAUGCACAAUUCAACUGACAAGAAGACAUUGAAGAGGUGGUUUUUCAUUGAUAAGAGGGUCGGAUAAAUAUACAAAAAAAAGAAAAACAGAGGCUGAUUAAUUCUGUGAGAGCUGGCUGUCAGAUAUCAUACUAUUGAACAUAACUUUGUUGGUGGUCUUGAAUCCAUGGAUAUGAACCACAGUUCCCCUGUUCUCACUGAUCCUGUACCUUUGAGCAAGUCAAGAUUGGGCUUGCCAUCUAACUUAACACCAUAUUCCCCGGUAGCAGCACCGUACUCGUCUUCUGGUUUGUAUUUACAGAUUCCCAGAAGAAAAGCUGGUAAACUUGAUGAUGUCCGAGCCACUGGUUGGCUGGACGCGAUGAAAUCUUCAUCACCUCCUCGCAAAAAGUUAAUGAACAAAGAUUUCACCUCUGAAUCUCAACCAGACGAAACUGAUGCUGCGUACCGCACCUGGAUGAUGAGCUAUCCAUCCGCUUUAACUAAGUUUCACCUCAUCACAACUUAUGCUAAAUGCAAGAAUAUUGUAUUGUUUUUGGACUAUGAUGGAACUCUUUCACCUAUUGUCGACAACCCUGACCAUGCAUUUAUGUCUGUUGCGAUGCGAAGCACUGUAAAAAAAGUUGCCGAGUACUUCCCAACUGCAAUUAUUAGUGGGAGGUCCCGUGACAAGGUCUACGAAUUUGUGAGGCUAUCAGAGCUGCAUUAUGCUGGCAGUCAUGGGAUGGACAUAAUGGGCCCAAUCAGAGAAUCUGAGUCUGUUGAUGACCAUCCAGGCUGCAUCGGAACAACUGAUGAGCAGGGUAAAGAGGUCCACCUAUUCCAGCCUGCUAGCGAGUUUCUGCCAAUGAUCAAUGAGGUGUACGACUCUCUCGAUGAGAUCACCAAAGAUAUUAUAGGUGUCAAAGUCGAGAGUAACAAGUUCUGCGUCUCUGUGCAUUACCGCAACGUUGACGAGAAGAUGUGGGAAGAAGUUGGAAAGCGUGUUUUUGGCUUUCUAAAGGGUUUCCCACGUUUGCGAGUCACCCAUGGGCGGAAGGUUUUAGAGGUCCGUCCUGUGAUUGACUGGAAUAAAGGUAAAGCUGUCGAGUUUCUUCUCGAAUCACUCGGGCUUAGCCAUCGUGAUGAUGUACUUGCGAUAUACGUUGGAGAUGAUCGUACCGAUGAGGAUGCAUUCAAGGUCUUGAGGGAGAGUAACCGUGGAUUUGGUAUACUGGUAUCCACCCUACCUAAAGAAACUAAUGCCUUCUACUCUCUCAGAGACCCGUCUGAGGUACUAGAAUUUCUCAAGUCCCUCGUGAGAUGGAACAAGUCCCAAGCAUUAUUACAAACCAAAGAUCAUAUAACUAAAUCAUAAGCCAUCAUAUAUAUAUAUAUAUAUAUAUAUAUAUAUAUAUAUAUAUGAUCAUCUUUUUAUUCUGCAUUUGUUAAUUGUUGUCAAGUUCAAUGGCCAUGUUCCCCCGUUUCUACUUGUUAAUUCAGUAUAUGUUCUGGUCAUCCAAUGUUGAAUGCAGGAGCAACUUUUGGCAAGUCAUUUGUUAAUCGUAAUUUAGCUUUGAAACAGGUUCAUCUCAAAUCGUAAUUUAAGAUUUGAGUCUAUUAGGAGCUAAUGGCUAAUUGAAGUACCAACAACAAAACGACAGUUUCUUUGAACACGAGCAAAGAAUACCAAGAGUGACCCUCAAUGAUUGCAUAAAGGAAAUUACGUAACGAACAAUAAAGGAGAAAAUAUUAUAUAUCCAUAUGAAAGUUUACAUCAACGAAGCAUUCCACAUUCCACAAGAAAUGAUAAGGAGAUUACGACGAUAUGAUGGGUGGAAAUAAUGAUGGGAGCUUACGUUUAGAGCUUAUAGAUGAUAAGGAAGCAGGGGAGGACUGCCCUGGGAUCAAAUACCAGGAGCUCCCCGUUCCCCAGGCUCACCGAAUCGGCCUCCCGCUCGGGGUCUGACUCUCCUCUGACUCGGCCCGCGAUGACCCGGCACACCAGCAUCCCCCUCCGCCCGGCCCCGCCGCCCCCGCUCGCGUGCGCCCCGCCGCUGCCCGCGAAGGUCCGCACCCCCUCCACCUUCCUCCCCGCCGACCACACCGCGCUGCGCGCCACCCCCGCGUCGUAGACCACGCCCCCGGCGCGGCCGCUGUGGAACCGCAUCAUCUCGUUCCCGUCGGCGGCGCAGCGCGCGUCGUCGGCCCGGGCGCGAACCGACGCCCGGUGCUCCUCGAACCGCGCCACCGUCCGGGCCGGGUUGUGGACCCGGAACAGCAUCUCGAUCUCGCUCGGGAACGCCGCCGCCGAGCCGUCGACUCCGCCUGCCCCGGAGGAGCACCAGCUCGAGCUGAAGAUGAUCUCCACGACCCGCCUCGACGAGUGGCCUGCCGGCAGCUCCGUUAGCGUGGGGAUGGGCUCCGCGCGGGCGCGCCCCACUAGCUCGGACGCAGACACCGACGGCGGCGACGCGCACGGGCGGGGUGUUCUUGGUUUGUGCUUGGAUUUGGGCCUCGUGUUGUGCCGGGGCUUCUUCGGAAUCGAGGAGGAGCAGGAAGGGUAGUUAGGGGCCAGCAAGAUGACGUCUUUAACGGUGUGAGAUGCGCUACUGCAGGAAACGGAGGAGAGCAGCGGCUUCUUAGCAGAAGAAGAAGACGAAGAUGACCGCAUCGGGGAGUACACGACAUCUUCCACGGCGUUAGACUUGCAGUGCAGUGACUUCACCCACCCCGUCGCCAUUUAACAGCGACGGUGACGGCUAUGUCGGCCCAAUACAAUGUCGACGGUGACGGAUGUGACGGCCAAAAACAGAAUAGAAGUAACGAAGCAGACCACAAAAGAGAAGGAGAGAGCCGAUGAAGAAGAAGGUUAGAGGAGGAGGAGGUCGUGGCGGUGAGUGGUCGAUCCUCUUGGUAAUGUAAGCUAGGGCGGUGGGUUUUCGUUUAUGGGUUUGCUUUAGGUGGAGCUCAAUUUAUUUUCCACCACACUUAUGGUCGGUUGGGUAAAGUGUAGUUGGGAUAAGCAUUGGGAACAAGUGGCCGAUUGCUGUUAAUGUUACUUUUUUUGUUUUA